GUCUCGCCCUGGGAAAAGUUGCGCGGGGAGGGGAGGACGUCGGGCAAGCCCGGGCGGCACGGGGAGCGGUGUGGAAGCCCGGCGGGGCCAGCGCAGUUGAGGUCUGGGGAGCCCGGGUGGCAUCUGCUCCGGGCUGCGGCGCGGGCCCCGCGGAGCCCAGGAGGCGGCGGGUGCUUCCGGCCAAGGGCCCUGGCGGCCGCCGCGCCCCUGCUGCUCUCAAGUUUCCCGUUGGCCGCGCGGCCCGGGCGCUUCAGGUAGCCCCUCGGCUCUCUCUGCUCCGCUCCGCGCCCAGGUAGGGCACCGACCGGGGCUGCACGCGGCUGGCCGGCUUCCUCCCUGCUGAGGCGGCCCUCCCUCCUCCCGCGGGGCCCUCCUGGCCGGGGAUCCGCAGCGCUGCGCCCUCUGAACGCCCAGCCCCCGCGCCUGCUGCGGGGCGCGGCCUGGCCGGGCCCUGGCCCCGGCUGGCCUCAGUGCCCGGCAGCCCCGCUCCGCUCUGCCCAGCGCGUCCCCUUUGCUCCAGCCCUGCGGCCGUCCCCUUCGGCCGGCGGCAUGGCCCUGUCGUCCGAACCCGCCGAGAUGCCGCGGCAGUUUCCCAAGCUGAACAUCUCUGAAGUGGAUGAGCAAGUCCGGCUCCUGGCGGAGAAGGUGUUUGCUAAAGUGCUCCGAGAAGAGGACAGCAAAGAUGCCCUGUCCCUGUUCACUGUCCCAGAGGACUGCCCCAUUGGGCAAAAGGAAGCCAAGGAGAGGGAGCUGCAGAAGGAGCUGGCAGAGCAGAAGUCUGCGGAGACCGCAAAAAGAAAGAAAAGUUUCAAGAUGAUUCGGUCCCAGUCCCUGUCUCUGCAAAUGCCGCCACAGCAAGAUUGGAAGGGCCCCCCGGCAGCCAGUCCGGUCAUGUCUCCCACAACCCCUGUGGUCACUGGAGCCACUUCCCUGCCCACGCCAGCACCCUAUGCCAUGCCUGAGUUCCAGCGGGUCACCAUCAGCGGAGAUUACUGUGCCGGGAUCACUUUGGAGGACUAUGAGCAGGCAGCCAAGAGUCUGGCCAAGGCCCUAAUGAUCCGGGAGAAGUAUGCGCGGCUCGCCUACCACCGCUUCCCGCGGAUCACAUCCCAGUACCUGGGUCAUCCGCGGGCGGAUACUGCACCUCCGGAAGAGGGCCUUCCAGACUUCCACCCUCCUCCACUGCCCCAGGAAGACCCCUACUGCCUGGAUGAUGCACCCCCCAACCUGGAUUACUUGGUCCACAUGCAGGGGGGCAUCCUCUUCGUGUAUGAUAACAAGAAGAUGCUGGAGCGCCAGGAGCCGCACAGCCUACCCUACCCCGACCUGGAGACCUACACGGUGGACAUGAGCCACGUCCUGGCUCUCAUCACCGAUGGCCCCACGAAAACCUAUUGUCACCGGCGACUGAACUUUCUGGAAUCCAAGUUCAGCCUUCAUGAGAUGUUAAACGAAAUGUCUGAGUUCAAAGAGUUGAAGAGUAACCCCCACCGGGACUUCUAUAACGUGAGAAAGGUGGACACACACAUCCAUGCGGCCGCCUGCAUGAACCAAAAGCAUCUGCUGCGCUUCAUCAAGCACACAUACCAGACGGAGCCUGACAGGACUGUGGCAGAGAAGCGGGGCCGGAAGAUCACCCUGCAGCAGGUGUUUGACAGCCUGCACAUGGACCCCUACGACCUCACUGUGGACUCACUGGAUGUCCACGCGGGCCGGCAGACAUUCCACCGCUUUGACAAGUUCAACUCCAAAUACAACCCUGUGGGGGCCAGUGAGCUGCGUGACCUGUAUUUGAAAACUGAAAACUAUCUGGGAGGAGAGUACUUUGCUCGGAUGGUCAAGGAGGUUGCCCGGGAGCUGGAGGAGAGCAAGUACCAGUACUCAGAGCCACGGCUCUCCAUCUACGGCCGCAGUCCUGAGGAGUGGCCCAACCUGGCCCGCUGGUUCAUCCAGCACAAGGUCUACUCUCCCAACAUGCGCUGGAUCAUCCAGGUGCCCCGGAUUUAUGACAUAUUUAGGUCAAAGAAGCUGCUGCCAAACUUUGGGAAGAUGCUGGAGAACAUCUUCCUGCCCCUUUUCAAGGCCACUAUCAACCCCCAAGAUCAUCGAGAGCUUCACCUCUUCCUUAAAUAUGUGACGGGGUUUGACAGCGUGGAUGAUGAGUCCAAGCACAGCGACCACAUGUUUUCCGACAAGAGCCCAAACCCGGACGUCUGGACCAGUGAGCAGAACCCACCCUACAGCUACUACCUGUACUACAUGUAUGCCAACAUCAUGGUGCUCAACAACCUCCGCAGGGAGCGCGGCCUGAGCACGUUCCUGUUCCGGCCGCACUGUGGGGAAGCCGGCUCCAUCACCCACCUGGUGUCUGCCUUCCUCACUGCUGACAACAUUUCCCACGGGCUGCUCCUCAAGAAGAGUCCGGUAUUGCAGUAUCUCUACUACCUUGCUCAGAUCCCCAUUGCCAUGUCUCCUCUUAGCAACAACAGCUUGUUCCUCGAAUAUUCCAAGAACCCUCUGAGGGAAUUCCUGCACAAGGGACUGCAUGUUUCUCUUUCCACUGAUGACCCCAUGCAGUUCCACUACACGAAGGAAGCACUUAUGGAAGAAUAUGCCAUUGCAGCUCAAGUGUGGAAGCUGAGCACCUGCGACCUGUGUGAGAUCGCCAGGAACAGCGUGCUGCAGAGCGGCCUCUCGCAUCAGGAAAAGCAAAAGUUUCUGGGACAAAGUUAUUACAAAGAAGGACCUGAAGGAAAUGAUAUUCGAAAGACAAAUGUGGCUCAGAUCCGGAUGGCAUUCCGAUAUGAGACCUUAUGCAAUGAGCUCAGCUUCCUGUCUGAUGCUAUGAAAUCAGAAGAGAUCACCGCUUUGACCAACUAGGUCCAGCAUUUGACAUGCAUUUUAACUUUUUAGUUCAAUUUCAAGUCUGCUGUGGCUAAUAGUGGUCAAGAUUCCGAACUAGGACUUUCCUCUGUGAAGAGGAUGCCUCUGAAGAAAUUUUAAACUGGUGAUUUUGGUUGCACUGCUCACUUUAAGAGUUAACAUGCUCAUUUGUUAGUAUUUCUGAGUAACAAGAUGGUGACUUCUCCUUGGGGAUCUGGGAGCUGAGCACUUGUCUAUACUUGUUCCUAAUUUUCCAAGUAUUUCUCUUGAAACUGCCAGUGCCUGAACUGUUGGGGCCAGGAUUUUCCCUGGUCAGAUGCCAAGUAACAUGUGGUUUUCUGCCAUACUUUUCUCCAUUGGCCCAGGUAGGCUAAUUGGUAGUUGUUCAUUUCAGCCUCUGGAUGGCUGGCUGCCUUAAACACAAUCAAUUUCAAAGCUCCAUUUCCUAAAGGGGUUAAGAUGGAAGACUUCCUUCUUGACAAUUUGUGUUUUUAGUGAAUUUCUUAAACCGUUUUAUUUAGCCCUCCGUCCUUCUUUCUAGUUGGAAGCCAAAUGUACUCAUGAAAACAGCCACUCCUAUUCUGAGUGUUGGUUUCUUCACCUAGAAAGUGAGGGUUUGGACUAGAUGAGUGGCUUUCAGGGUGUUCUGUGAAUCUCCUCAUGAAUACUUUAGGGUGGGGGAGGGAAGGGAGUGAGUGAUGCUCAGGGGCUGUCAAAGUGACUGCGUUCAUCAGUUUUACACUGGGGCUGCUACAUAAUAUCUUCAUUUGAAUGAAGAACUUCAAAAAGCACAGGACUAGAUGAUCUCUGUUCCUUUUGGCUCUAAUAUGCUACAACUGUAGGCCAAUUAUCACUUUACCAAUUAAGAGUUAGGCCAGAUAAGUGAAAUUUAACUUAAGGUCACACAGCUAAUAAGUAAUAGGCCUACAACUGGAUUUCCUUAUUCCAAAUCCUGUCUUUUCCCCACUAUUCCAUUAGACCCCACAAAUGUUAGUUGUGUGUGUGUGUGUGUGUGUGUGUGUUUUUAAUCACUGUAACCGGGUGCAUUUUUUUAAGGCAAAAUUUCUCCCUUAUCUACUAUGAUGACUUCAGAAGAUACAAUGGUCCCAGGGGCCAGGUAGAAAGCAUUUUUAAAGAUUAAUCUGAAUUAAGCUUUAACAGUGUACUCUUUAUCUGUGUUACUAGUGCCUGGUAUGUAGUAGGUGCUCAAUAAAUGCAUAUUGAAUAACUAAGUGAAUUUCUUUUGGCAACUUUUUAAGGACAUGUGCUCUUAGUACUUAAGAGGCUGCUCAAGGACCUUCCUAUCUAUUUCUGUGGUCAAAUUCAGACUACAGGAGGUCUUUUUGAAUCAUUAUAGUUAGAAGAAGAAUCCAGUUUCUGCCUGUGAACUUUUGACUUUAGAUUGUCUCAUCUUGUGACUUUAUAAUGCCUGUCCCCUCCACUGGUCAAUUCAGCAUAUGGAAGUAUAAAUGCAGUCUUUUUACUAGGCAGAUAUAUACGCUAUCUUACAGCUAAUUAUGAAAUUGAAUGAAAAUCCAUUGUUAUCUUAGGGAUUAGUUUUGAAAAGCCCCCAUUUAUAUACAUUUGCCCUAACAUAGGAAGUAUUGUGUAGUUUCUCAUUGUCAUUUUAUCUGUAUCAAGUAUCUUUUUUAAAAUUGUUAAAUAAAGUCAGCUAGGACUGUGGCUUAAUAAUUUAAAACUAUUUAAAGAUAAUCAUAUUUAAAGCAAAUGUUACAGAUUUUUACUCUUAAGAUUGGGCACCAUGAAAAGCUAUCAAUAAUAAUAGCUAAUUUAUCUUUUACUAAGACUCAGACAUGAAUGACAUUCACUAGGAAAACUCAAAUUUUUCAAACUGAAGCUCACUAGACCCAGAAGAUAAAUCUUCCUUUGUUAUUUUCUCUAACUUCUACCCUGUUAUAGUUCAUGAGCAAAGCUAUACAUGUUCAUUUCCUUUUCCCGGGGUAUUAUUUUAGUCUGUCCAGCUAACACCUUGUUGAUAUGGACUCCAGAAUAGGAUUGCGCUGUUAUCCCUAGGGUAACUUGUUCCGUUGGUCAAGUUAUUGGAUCAAUUAAACGUGGUAAUUCGCUUUGACUGGUGAAGUCUCGGCAUGUGUUGCUCGGAGGUUGGAUUGUGCUCCGAGGUCGCCCCAACCGAAAUUUUUAAUGCAGGCUUGAUAGUUUAGGGCCUGUGGGCUUGUUAAGUGUUGUUUGCAUUAAUGAAUUAAAGCUGCAUAGGGUCUUCUCGUCUUGUUAUACUAUGCCCGCCUCUUCACGGGCAGGUCAGUUUCACCGGUUGAAAGUAAGAGACAGCUGAACCCUCGUGGAGCCAUUCAUACAAGUCCCUAUUUAAGGAACAAGUGAUUAUGCUACCUUUGCACGGUUAGGGUACCGCGGCCGUUAAACGCAUGUCACUGGGCAGGCGGUGCCUCCGAUACUGAUAAUGCUAGAGGUGAUGUUUUUGGUAAACAGGCGGGGUAAGAUUUGCCGAGUUCCUUUUACUUUUUUUAACCUUUCCUUGUGGGCAUGCCUGUGUUGGGUUAACAGUGGGGGUAAUAAUGGCUUGUUGGUUGGUUAUAGAUAUUGGGCUGUUAAUUGUCAGUUUAAUAUUUUGGUCUGAUGUAGGCUUAUGCGGAGGAGAAUGUUUUCAUGUUACUUAUACUAACAUUAGCUCUUCUAUAGGGUAAUAGAUUGGUCCAAUUGGGUGCAAAGAGUUCAGUUAUGUGUUUGGGAUUUUUUAGAUGACAGGUGUCGAGCUUGAACGCUUUCUUAAUUGGUGGCUGCUUUUAGGCCUACUAUGGGUAUUAAAUUUUUUACUCUCUUUACAAGGUUUUUUUCCUAGUGUCCAAAGAGCUGUUCCUCUUUGGACUAACAGUUAAAUUUACAGGGGGAUUUGGAGGGUUCUGUGGGUAAAUUUAAAGUUGAACUAAGAUUCUGUCUUGGACAACCAGCUAUCACCAGGCUUGG